GUCCGGCUUCCAACAGCAGAGGAUCCGUCCGUACUGUGCGGGGAGAGGAGUUUAGACUUUACCAAACAGCAAGCUGAUGCUUUAUAUUUAGCCAUCGUGAUUUCAUUUGGGAUUUUGCGUCGGCUAAAUAAUACUUGUCUGGUCUGCAAGGGGGAGGGAGAAGGAGAGUGAGGGAGAGAGAGGGAGAGAGGACGACGGCGCUCGGGAGAAGAAACACACGCACACACACACACACACACACGCACACACACACACACAUCGGGCCGGAGGAGGGGACGAGGACAGAGAGGGGGGAGUUCACUCCAAAUGCUAUCCCUUUAAAACAAGGGGGACACGGCGGUGGGGGAAGAGAGCGAUAGCGGCGCGGAGAAGACGGGAUAAAAAAAGAAAAGGGAAGAAAGAGCGAGGGCGGGAGGGAGCGUGUUACAAGGGAAAAAAAAGAAAGAUGUCAUCCUCUCGAUUGAAAUGCCGAGGCGGAGCCAUGGACCACGACCGACGAAGCGACUCAGCAGACAGGGAUGAGAUUUAACGCAACACCGAGGCUCGUUUACAGGCCCAGAAGGCGAAACCUUAACUACAAUAAAAUAGGUUGCUUUCUUUCCCAUCCCGAGCGACUGCUGAGUACAAAGCCAACGUCUAACUCAUUUUUAUUUUAUAUUUAUAUAUAAAUAUAAAUAACGUUGGGUUCUUUUGCAUGAACGAUUUUGCACAUGUCUUAUUGAUAAGCCACUAUUCCAGCAGCAACAACAAAAUAAUAAUGACAGCAUUACUGUAUACGUAAUGUAUCGUAUUAGGCAUGAGAACUAUGUUAUUUUAAUGUGCGAAUGCAAUCUGGCUCUGUGUUCGUUUAGAUGGGUUUUAUAUCAUUUAGAUUAUGUUUCAUUAUCUGUUUUUAAAAUCCUGUGACGUGUUUAAAUGAUUAAGAUCACGUCUGUAAAGCGCUUCCUUUUUUUAAAAAAAAAAAACCAACAUAAUAGUCCAUCAUUGUUCCUGGUGAUGGGUUACUUUUAGCUGGAUACUUAUAUAAAAAAAAAAAAAAAGCACAAAUCCGGGGGAACCUAUUUAGAGAAUUCACUUCAAAGGGAUCAAAGGGAGAUCAAAGCCUCAGACGUAACUGAUUCGAGUGACGUCACAACACGUCAUUUCCCUCCCCCUCCCUCCCUCCCUCCCAAUCGAAUUCUUCAAGAUGGACGCUGCUUGGAGCAAUUUCCUCUUUCAGACCCCGCCUUCACAGUCCCAAACUGAGAGCACCCUCCAAUCAGAUCUUCUGCCGGAGCUCACGGACGCGCAUCAGGAAACGCCCACCGAACACAUAGCCCCGCCCCCGUCUACCGUGGACACAGCGGCGCUGAAUGAGGAGCCAGAACCAGAGCCAGUUAAGCCUGUGUCUCGGCCUGCCCGCCCUGCUCAUAUAUGCUCCAUAUGCAACAAGCAGUUUAAGAACAGCUAUAACUUGCGUCGCCACCAGUCAGUCCACACUGGAGUGAAAAUGAAAGACAGAGCAGCCCGAGAGAAGGUGGAUGCAGCGAAGGCAGGUCAGCGAGUGGAGAGGCAAACCAUUCCUCUCUCCCUCCUCCAGCUCUCCAUACCUGCCCCGAUCACAGUGGCUACCGAUCCCAUGAUCCACCCAUCCCCCAUCAACAACCAACAGGUGGAGACAGUCGCAGUAUCUAUCACUCCAGCAACGGUUGCCAUGACAGCAGCUCAGCCUCUACCUGCUGCUGUAGUGGUUACUGGGACAAUGGUGCAGGUUGGCUUGAUUGGAUAUUCACAGACACUGAUGUCCGAUGAUGUGUGUUUGAAGUCAAAAGAAGAGUAUUUUCAUGCUGCGCCAACCAACAACACCGGAGAGAACCCAAGUCUUCCCAGCCCAAUUCAGAUUUCGAUCCCAAUCACAAACCCACAUCCUAUUCCUACUCCAAGCCCCAACCCCAACCCUAACCCGGUACGGAAGAACCAUGCAUGUGAGGCAUGCGGGAAGGCUUUCCGGGACGUCUACCAUCUGAAUCGGCACCGGUUGUCCCACUCGGAUGAGAAGCCGUACUCUUGCCCCAUCUGCCAGCAGCGUUUUAAGAGGAAGGAUCGGAUGAGUUACCAUGUCAGAUCCCACCAAGGCGGAGUGGAGAAACCAUACGUGUGUCCUCAUUGUGCCAAGGGUUUCUCACGGCCUGACCAUCUUAACAGUCAUGUGCGGCAGGUGCACUCCACAGAGAGACCCUUUAAGUGUCCGACAUGCGAGUCUGCAUUUGCCACAAAGGACCGGCUGCGCGCUCAUAUGAUCAGACAUGAGGACAAAGUUCCAUGUCAUAUCUGUGGCAAACUGCUCUCUCCUGCUUAUAUCACGGAUCAUAUGAGGGUACACAACCAAUCCCAGCAUCAUGUGUGCCACUUGUGCAACCGAAGCUUUACCACACUGACAUACCUGCGUGUCCAUGCUCAAAAACACCACGGACAGGAGUGGAAAGAUAGCAGCAUGGGUCGUGGCUCGGGACCUGGUGGGGUGCUGUUAUGCCAACUGUGUGGGGUCCACUGCAAGACUCCUACCCAGCUUCAGGGUCACAUGGCCACCCAUGCCAACCAGGCAGAUCCUGCGGUACAAGACCCCAUCAGCAGCAGCAGCAGCAGCACUUUAGCGGGCACAGUUUCCACGGCAACCUCUGUCUCCAGCCCUGCAGCCACUGUAGGCCUGCUAGUGACUGACUGCUCUAGCAUCGCUGCCCAAAGCCACAGCUAACCCCAGGCUUUAGGGGCAUAGAUGGGUAAGGGCAGGGAAGAUAAAGCACAUCAGUAAUUAGGAACAGGUGAUGUCCCCAUGCGAGAACUGUCCGGUUUAUAUUUAUUAUAUAUAAUUUACUCUUUGAGCUAUUUGGAUGUGUCUAGUGCUUGUGUGUUAUAAAUAAAAUAACUUUUUAAUCUUUCCUAUAGGCCGUUACUUUGUAUGAAAGAGUUGCUUUGGAAAUUUUGCACCCUCCUCCAUCUAUGGUGCCUCAGACACUGCAAGCAGUCAGCAUGAGCUCACUGACUUUUUAACAGCAAGUCUGAUAAAUCAAGAAAUUAUUUGUUCAUUUCAAGUGUUCACAGACUCCUGGCCAGUCCCACUGGUACUGUGUGGUUUGCUCUACUUUGGGAACUGUUCUACGAAGACGGACAGUUGGAUUAAGUGGUGCAACGCUUCCUAAUUACGUCAAUAGCUUCCCAAAGGAGGAUGUGAUGAAAUGAAGACUGUCAAGUGUUGUCCCAAUUUAUUUAUAACCUGUCUCUCAUGAUCAGGAAUCUAGAAUGUUGAAAAUUAUUAUUUUUAGAUAUCCAAUUGAUACCCAGUAUAAGUUACCUUCAGUAUUUCAACAAAACAGCCAAAUAGGAUCAGGUAACUCACCCAUAUUCCAGCACAUUUGAGCAGCCUCCGUGUAGGUGAGCUGCAGCUGUGAGGAAGGGGCUUACAAUGAUGUAUCAUUUCCUGCCAUAAAUUCCAGAUGCCUGUAAACCGUUCAUUUAGAGUUAAAUGUACAACAUAGGAGUCACUUGUAUUGUUUGUGUGGAUAUAAUUAACUAUUGUUAAAUAUCUUUUAUCAAGGAAUCUCAUUGAUGUUAUUUUAUCUUUAAGCUUUUGACUAAGGAUGUGAACUUUGAUGUCGCUUGAGAAGCUACAUAAUGCUCUAUCCUUUGGCCCAUGUUUGUGUUUGAAGCUUUGUUGAACGCCAAAACUUUGUUGCUGUUGCUGUGACAAUAUCUAAAUUAAUCAAUGUACAAAAUGACAAACGUGCACCUAAUUAUACUUCCUUUAACUAAA